AUGACCCUGCAAAAUCUGGACUUGGCUUUGAGAGUUGAUGAGCCAAGUAAACCCACUGAUAUGAGCUCUGCAGACGAAAGAUCCUUUUAUGAGAAAUGGGAGCACUCCAAUAGGAGUUGUCUAAUGGUGAUGAAAUACACUAUGGAUAAGUCCAUUAAAGAAUGUGUGCCAAAGACAGAAAGGGCCAAAGAUUUUUUGGAAUAUGUGAAGACCAAUUAUACCAAGACUGAUAAGACAAAAAUGAUAACUCACUUGAAGCUUCUCACAACCAUUGUGUAUGAUGGAGUAGGUGGGGUUAGAGAUCACAUCAUCAAACUAAAGCACUAUUUCAACAAGGCAAAUGAGAUGAAAGUGGAGUUGAGUGAGAAAUUCCUGAAAUGGCUGAUACUUGAGUCUUUUCCUGCUUCAUUUGAUGUAGUGAAGUUAACCUAUAAUGCCUUGAAGGAAGAAUGGACUUUGGAGGAGUUGAUGUCCAUUGUGGUGCAACAUGAAGUCUCACUAAAGAAAAAUGAGACUCAUUUCAUUGCUCUUGUUACUGAUCAUGGGAGCAAUAUGAAGAAAAAACCUCAACACAAGAAUUCUAGAGGCUCUAAGCAAUUCAAGAGGAGAGAGAAUUCGAGUUAA